UUGGAAUAGUUUUGCAGAGCUGCCCUCUCCUUGUAGGACAGGUUAAGGGGACACCUUCGCUUCUCUAGACUAUUGGAAAGCUUUCUGCCUUCCCUGAAUCCUCCGCAUACUGGCCACCUCUCUCUUUGCAGGAAAUCCGGGAUCCUCUUAUGCAGUGGCUGGGGAAACAUGUGGAUGCUGAAGGAGUAAUAAAAUCGAGCAAGCUCUCCCUUAAAUUCGUUUCAUCCUACACAUCUGAAAUAGAAAUCACCCCAUCUGCUAUACCUGUGGUGACUGACAUAGAGACCUUCUCAUCAGAAAAUUUUAACUUUGAGAUCUACCAACAAAAUUUGCAGACAAAGAAACUUGGAAAAGUAAUUCUGUUUGCUGAAGUGACACCCACUACAAUGAGUCUUCUGGACGGGUUGAUGUUUGAGAUGCCACAGGAAAUGGGUUUAAUCGCCAUCGCAGUCCACCAAACGCAGGGCAAAGGGCGGGGAAGGAAUGCUUGGCUGAGCCCCGUGGGGUGCGCUCUUUCUACCCUGCUUGUCUCCAUCCCACUGAGAUCCCAGCUGGGACAGAGGAUUCCGUUUGUCCAGCAUCUGAUGUCUCUGGCUGUCGUGGAGGCGGUAAGGUCCAUUCCUGGGUACCAGGAUAUCAACUUACGAGUGAAGUGGCCCAACGAUAUUUAUUACAGUGACCUCAUGAAGCUUGGUGGCGUUCUGGUUAACUCAACACUUAUGGGAGAUACAUUUUAUAUCCUUAUUGGCUGUGGAUUUAACGUGACUAACAGCAACCCUACCAUAUGCAUCAACGAUCUCAUCACAGAAUACAAUAAGCAGCAGGGGGCUGAACUAAAGCCCUUAAGAGCUGAUUAUCUCAUCGCCAGAAGUGUGACUGUGCUGGAGAAGCUAAUCGACACAUUUCAGGACGAAGGGCCCAAUGGCGUUCUUCCUCUCUAUUAUAAAUAUUGGCUACACAGUGCUCAGCAAGUCCGCCUGGGAAGUGCUGAGGGACCAAAGGUGUGGAUAGUCGGCCUAGAUGAUUCCGGGUUCCUUCUGGUUCACCAGGAAAACAGCGAAGUGGUGACUGUGCAUCCAGACGGCAACUCCUUCGACAUGCUGAGAAACCUCAUAAUCCCCAAACAGCCGUAGUCCUGUCUGGAGCAUCUGCUGGGCCCCGGUCCACAGCUGGGAUGAGCUGGGACAGACGGAGGGCCCGAACCACCGCAGGAGCAUUGCACUUCGAUUUCUGCCGCCUUUCCUGGCCCGUGUAUCUGGAAAACUAAUUCGGAGUUGUAGGCAAAUUUUUUCUCCCUCCGCUUAACCUGUUAAUUCUUUAAUUUUUUUCUGUUGUCAUUUUAUUUGGUGUUUGAAGAUGCUGGGGGUGGAGGGUUGACAAGUGGAAGAUUUAAUUCAGGUAUACGCCCUGCCAUAGGCGUGAAAUCCUUCUCCCCUCUUGGAAUUGGAUGCAUCUUAAGUGGGGAGGGCGGUAGUUUUUACAUGGAAACAGCAAUGGCAUAAUUCAAAUGUUUUCCCAGUAGUGGAGGUCUUUACCCCUAGACUAUUAAAAACAGAUUUUAAAAACGUUUUCGGGCCCAGACCAUUGGUGAGUUAGAGGUAUGGUAACACUGUUUACAAGCAUCCAGGGAGGUGUUUUCCUACAGGAACAUAUAUUGGCACUUAGUUAUUUUAUUUUUUUGUUAGUGAAGAAAAGAGAAGGUAGAGUUCUAGAGUUACUCUCAUCCUGUGGUUUGUGGUCCAGUAACAAUGUCUAAGUGGAACAGAGGCUGGUAUGGUUGCAGUGACCUUGUAGAGGAAAUCAGUUAAUUACUUUGACAUUAAUUAAUGAGCUCUCCCUUCAUAAGUUUAAAUUUACUGCAUAUUCUGAAGUGAUGGGAUCAAGUUCGGGGUCCUGAAAGCGUUGAUCAGGCAGGUGCGUGGACGCGAGGUGGAUGAUCUGGGCCUAACAGCUGGGGAUGAAGUCUCUCCUGCCACACGCAAAGGAGGAUGUGGCGCUUGUAAGCCAGCUUCAGGCCCGCUUCAGAAUCCUGCAGAACUGUGCAGCGCACAGACUAUAGAAGUUCACGGCAUUUUAUUUGUAAGUCACAUUUUUUUGCCACCUUUUCAUAUUGCCAAAAAAGAAAAUGUUAUUGCUACUGAAUGCCAUCAGUUAAGAGGAUGGGUGUGUGUGUGAGAGAGAGAGAAACUUUGAAAGAAGAUGUUCGAAAUGUGAUGCCCUAAGAGUCUGCAUGGAAGAACAAAAGAAAGGAAGCCUUUUGAUAUACAUUUGCUCUUUCCAGAUGUAUUCCAUGCUUUGUCCAUGUAACUCCUAUCUCUGUUGAACUUGAGAAUCGUACACCUUACUUUUCAGCCCGAAAAGGCCAAUUUUUGUCCACUUUUCUCUCUUCCUGCCAAUCCCAACUGAAAUUAGUGGCAAGAAAACUUGAUGAGGCUCUCAGCUUUGAACAAAAUCCCAUUAUUGGGCACUAGCACCCUCUUCAUCCAGCUUUAACCCGUCAGCCUAACGCCAGAAACUUGUGGUCUUCAGGAUAAAAUCUGUCUACCUGUAGCCGGGCACAGGCAGCCACAUAGGAAGGAAACAAGUAACAUGUUGAGUUAAGUCCACUAACCCAAUAUGUGUGUUUUGGGAAUGUAACUUGAAAAGAACUUCAGAAGUAAUUUUUGCAAAUAAGGCUUCAAGUAGAAUUAUUUUUCAAAAAAAAACAAAAACAAAAAAACCACUCUCUCCUAAAUGCCCAAGUCUAAAUAAAAGUUUAAAGUCCACAGCACCCCAGAAUUACAAAAUGGUCUCACCCUUGAGAGGGCAUCUGCAAAAUAUCAUCAAGAAGAAAGAUCUCAGGCUAAUGUUGCAAGUUUCAUUUCUCAAACUUUGUAAUAUAAGGCAAGUCAUGUCUCAGAGCUGCCAUCAUUACUUUUUGAAUUUCUUUGGGGGGUUAUUUAAUGAGAAACAUGCUACGAUUUGUUUUAAGCUGAAGUCCUAUUCUAGACAGUCUGCUUUGGGGAAAAAAAAUGUUAUCAUUUAAUUUCCUUUUGGUAAAUUAAAACUAAUGAAGUGUGGCCAUGUCAAAGCAGAUGGAGAUGUUCCGGGCAUAUCACUUUGCCUCUGUGCUUUUAAGACUGUUCUUACUUGUUCCGACACCCGGUUGUCUUGAGGGAGACAACAGAGACUUGGAGCAGAUGCUGUGUUUUUCAUAAACCUGAUUUUGCCUCAGAGGAACCAAAGACUUUUGAAAUUCUGCUUCAUAUAGAACAGCUGAAUAAAAGCAUUUUCCUUACAGCUGUUAGCAUUAGGGAAACUUGCUGUACUGCACUCAUCAAUUUGGGGCGUUUAUGCACCCGGCAAUCGAUGACCUCAAGGAGCUUUAAAGUCUUAACGGGAACUUUGCAUUUUCUUCUUAAUCUUUAAAACACAGCACCUAAACCCAGGAUUGGCGCGUGCUCUUAGGAUAUUUGAAUUGUGCCCCAGUUUAGAGGCUGCGCAUUGAACGUCUACCAGGUUAAGUAAAGGGCAAGAUGUCAUCCCUUCUGGGCUGGUAGCAAAUUUCAGAAGAACUCUUGAGGAAGUGCCCCCUAAAAUAGGACACAGCAAUACCUGGGCUUCCCGGGCACGCACGCACGCAUGGACACACGCACACACACCCCCCUCAGCAGUGCUCCUCGGCACUGUUCAUCCUGGCAGCGUUUACAGCGUGGAGGCAAAGCCGAAAGGAUUUGUGUCCGGUGUGGGGUUUGCUGCUGCAGCCCCCUGACUGCUGUGGGUGGGUGCGCAGGCCCAGACCCGCGUAGCAUGCAACCGCACCCCUACCCCAUCCACACACGGGGGGGCUGCGUGGCCGCCUCUCACCCGAGAGUCUGGGAGCCAGGAGAGAAGCCAGUCUCACCCAACCGUUUCAGAGUGCAUAAAGGAGACAUUUUAGGCUUACAGUCCAUAGAUCUGUUUGCUUUUAAAAGACAAAGAAUGGAGAGUCGGUAUUCCUGGGUAACUACUAUGCGUAUUUGAAAUAAAAGAAAGUGUGAAACCUCUGCAUUUUUAGCUUUUCAAAGAAUCAUCUCUGAAAAGGAAUUAAUUUAAACCAAUUCCUAUAAAAAGCA